CCUAUUGAUCGUCUGUAAUAGAAGUUACACGCAUGUAUGGAUAUUACACUUGUUCGUGAUUCGUGAGGGACUUCAUGCCCUAUGAUCAUUUCCAUUCCGUUUGACACAGUUUUUUCGUUUCUUAUCGCAUUGUUCUAAGUCGUGCGGGACAUUCAACUUCAAAAUGUUUUCUAAUCAUAUGACAACAAUUGUGCGGCUUGCUGCUCAACAGCAGCAGCAGCAACAAAAACGUGGUAUGGCAACUCUUAAAGCAAUUUCUAUAAGAUUGAAAUCUGUAAAGAAUAUUCAAAAAAUUACUCAAUCAAUGAAGAUGGUGUCAGCUGCUAAAUAUAAUAGAGCUGAAAGAGACUUGAAACAAGCUAGACCUCUUGGGAUUGGUACAAAAGCAUUUUAUGAGCAAGCUGAAAUUCAAGCACCACCAGAUGAUGAGAAAAAGCUUGUAGUAGCAAUAACAAGUGAUCGAGGAUUGUGUGGUGCUGUACACACUGGAGUUUCUCGUAACAUUAGGGAUGUGCUUUUAGCUGAUCCCAAAGAAUGUGAAAAUACGAAGAUUAUAUGUGUUGGUGAAAAAUCUCGAGCGAUUUUAUCACGUUUGUUUGCUAACAAUAUAUUGUUUGUUGCAUCUGAAGUUGGUCGUAAACCACCCACAUUUAAUGAUGCUGCCAAAGUAGCAAUUGAAAUUAUGAAUAGCGGGUACAGUUUUGGUUCUGGCCGCAUUGUGUACAAUCGAUUCAAGUCUGUGGUAUCAUAUGCUGUUGAUCAGUUACCCCUUUUUGACAAAAAUGCAGUAGUUAAUGCACCAAAAUUGUCAGUAUAUGAUUCUCUGGAUGAAAAUGUAAUUCAGAACUAUUUGGAAUUUUCUCUAGCUUCUCUAUUAUUUUAUUCUAUGAAAGAAGGUGCCUGUAGUGAACAGUCAAGUCGUAUGACUGCUAUGGAUAAUGCUAGCAAAAAUGCAGGGGAGAUGAUAGAUAAAUUAACUCUGACAUUCAAUCGUACUCGGCAAGCUGUAAUUACUAGAGAACUAAUUGAAAUCAUUUCUGGUGCUGCUGCUUUGGAUUAAAGAAAUAUAUAAUGUGCAUUAAAAAGGGAAAACAUCAUAGUGUUGGGAAGUAGAUCACAAACGUAUUGUCAAUUGACAUUUGAAUGUGCCGUUUUCUGAAAAGCAAAUUUCAAUUCAGGGCCUCUAGAAAUUGCUAAAAAUGAUCAUAUUUAAAAAUACAAUGUUUAUAACCCAACAUGAAAAUAAACUGUUAAAAACUG